AUGUCUUCCCGACCGGCUCACAAGAUGAAUUCGCUGACUAAAGUUCGGCAACAAGAGGCUACGGCCCCAAACGUAGCAUCUCCGAAAGGAAUCUCCAUCAAGACACCUGGCAAGCUUCCUGUAGCCCAGAUAGGAGGCGACCAUUCGCUCGGACUGCAACGUCGUCGAUUGUCAGUAGCAAGUGACAAUAAACUUGUCGAUGGAAUGGCCGCAGUCACUCUUGACGACGUAGCCAGUAGUGCUCAAGUAUUAGCAGACGGAACGUGUGCGGCUGUAGCGUUCGCUGGGUUUUCAAAGAGAGGAUAUGCACCAUAUAAUUCACGUAAAAAGAACCAGGAUGCAAUGGUGAUUAAAUACGAUCAAAAGACACAGUCCUUGCUCUUGUGUGUGUUUGACGGUCACGGAGAAGCUGGAGACGGCGUCUCGGGUGCGAUUCGGGAUCAAUUUCCAGUAAAGUUGUUUCAGCACCCAAAGUUCGCACGGUCCGAAAAGAUUGAGCAGGAUGCUGAAAGGUUACAAUCCGCUAUUACAGAUACAUUGCAAUUAGUGGAACAGGCAGUUUUGUCCGAUCUAAGUAUUGAUACCGAAUUUAGUGGAACGACUGCAGUUGUGACUGUUAUACGUGAGAAUCUUGUAGUCGUCGGGAAUGUUGGAGACUCACGGAUCGCUCGGGGCUUUAUGCAUGCGCAUAGUCCAUCAUGUCCUGAAAAGAUCGGCUUUCAAGAGCUUUCUGUUGACCAUAAACCUGAUCGACCGGAUGAAAAGACUCGAAUUCUUGCUAGAGGUGGUCGAGUAUUUGCAGUUGAGUAUGACGAUGGUAUUGAUGGACCUCCUCGUGUUUGGUUGGGACACAUGGACGUGCCAGGCCUUGCCAUGUCACGCUCGCUUGGGGAUGCAGUUGCUCACACGGCUGGUGUCAUUUCUGAGCCUGAAUUCACGACACGAUGGCUCGAUGAGAAUGAUCGAUGCUUGGUCAUAGCUACUGAUGGUUUAUGGGAAUUUAUGUCAAACGAAGAGUGUAUUGAAAUGGCCAUGAAGCAUAAAGAUCCAAAGACUGCAGUGGAUUUGUUGAUUAUGGAAGCAAAUCGUCGAUGGAUGAAAGAAGAGCAAGUAAUUGAUGAUACGACGGUUAUUGUGGCUUACCUUGAUACACGAGCAUCUAAAGCUGGAACGAAGGGAAGAAAAGGGCAUGAAGCAGCAGAGAUCAUAUUUUACGGCCGCAGUCAUCUCUUUUGGAGUGUUGUUUUUGAUUAG